UUAUGUUUUCUUCAGGUUCUGGCGAGAGAGAGAGAGAGAGAGAGUCAAAUUUCUAGGCUGUGUGUGUGUGUGUGGGUAUGGUGUGAAUUGGUGAUCUUCUUCAUCACCAAAAGCAAUGGUGUGUGAAGUAAUUCUAUGGGUAAUCUUCUUCAUCUUCAACAUGACCCUCUUAGCUCUCGAUUUCUAUCAGAUUGUGUGUUUAUCGGAUUUGGAGGCCGAUUAUAUGAAUCUAUACGAGUCAUCGUCUCGUAUUAAUGCCGUGAUUGUCCCUGAGUUUGUAGUUCAUGGUUUGUUCUGCUCUCUAUUCCUUGUGACCGCCCAUUGGUUCAUGUUCCUGCUUAUGCUUCCCAUUGCCUACUACAACACCAUGUUAUUUAUAAAGCGACAACAUCUUAUUGACGUCACUGAGGUCUUUAGAUUUCUUAAAGCUGAGAAAAAGUAUCGAGUUAUCAAACUUUCCUUGUACUUAGUUCUCUUGGUCUUGGUCAUUUUCAGGUUUGUUCUGUCUAUGUUAAACUCUAUAGUUGAUGAAGAUGAUGGUGUACAUGGAUCUUGGUGGUACUGAUUUCCACCACUUUGAUGCAGUAUGAUUGCCAGUCCUUCAUAGCUAAGGUUGAUGUUUUUGCGGAAUACGAAGUUUUGGAAGUCAAUUCAAGAGGGUAUUGUUUUUGUUUUCAGUUUUUGAAAAACAAAUAAUUUGUUUGGCGAGCUAUCUUCAACUACUUUUUGGGAAUAAUUUAUAGAAAUAGCCCAUUUUUUAGGAAACACAACAAAGAUGUUUUCAGUUUUUUCAGAGCAACAGACUAAGUGGAUUUGCUCUGAUUGUUUAUGGGAUGGAGAUCUGAUUGGGCUGCUUGGGCCUAUUCGUUGUCUAUUGUAGGCUGUAAUCAAAACCAAUUAAUAUGUGACCCAUCAGUGCUUGAAAAUGAGGCUUUAAGUCUUGGGCCCAUUUUGUCACAUAAUUGUCUUAUGCCUUGUUUGGUAGAACUGUUGGAAAGUGCUUAUAGCUUAUGCCUAACCAGUUUGUAGCUUAUAACUAUGAACCUAAGUAGAUUUUUGACUUAUAAAUUAAGCAUCUCCUGCCUCACUUAAAGAAUAAGCUGAUUUCUGACUUCCAAAA